AUGCUUCACCUUCCGCUCCAUCACCCUGGGCCUGGUCGGCGCCGCUCGCUCGUUGCAAGGUUCGGCGAGGGACGAUUCCCCGCGUGGCUUCUUGCGAGCGUGCACUUUAUCAACCCGGGGCCGUUUGGGUUGAAGGAGCACGCAAUUGCCGCGAUCACGGCGAGCUCGGCGUCCAACGGCGCCCACUCAAGCGAUGUGUUUGGUACGCAGAAGCUGUUCUACCCCGAGAUCAAAGUGACGACGACGACCGCGGUGCUAUCCGUGCUGAGUAUCGGCUUGUUCGGGUAUGGAUUGGCGGGCAUCUUUAGGCCGAUCAUUGUGUACCCGGCAGAGAUGGUGUACUGGGGUACGCUGCCCUUGGUUGACAUGUUCCAGGCGUUCCACUGGGAGCAGAGCUUCAGUACCAAGCGUGUCAAAGCAUUCUGGUACAGCUUUGCGGGCAUGGGUCUGUACGAAGUGCUGCCGGCGUACAUCUUCCCGACGCUCAACUCGAUCAGCGUCCCCUGCCUCGCCAGUAUGCACGCUCCCACCAGGAUCGCCCAGACGCUCACCAAUAUCUUUGGUGGAUCACAGAGUAACGAAGGCAUGGGCCUGUUCAGUCUGUCCCUGGAUUGGCAGUACAUCACCUCUUCCCAACUGUCGCUGCCGCUCAUCCAACAAGCGAACAGCUGGAUCGGCUAUGCGAUCUGCUACAUCGCCAUGGCAGGCAUUUACUACAGCAACGUGUGGAAUGCCAAGUCGUUCCCGUUCAUGUCGACGAGCAUCUUUGCUGACAACGGCAAGAAGUACAACCAGACCGCCGUGUUCGUCAACGGCAUUCUCGACCGCACUAAGCUCGAAACCGUCGGUUAUCCGAAUGUCACGGGAACAUAUGCGUGGGGUAUGCUGAUGCGUAACGCUGCGAUCGGAGCGCUGGUGACCCACGUGAUCCUGUUCUGGGGCAAGGACGUGUGGAGGAAUCUCAAGCAGGCGCGCAACAAGACGCAGCCGGACCGCCACUGGAAAGCCAUGCAGAAGUACAAGGAGGCGCCGCACUGGUGGUACCUCAUCCUACUGGCCAUCUCGUUCAUUUUCGGGCUGGUUGUGGUGCUGACGCAGGAUACCACGCUGACGUGGUACUCGUACAUCGUGUCCCUGGCGCUGGGCUCCAUCGUUGCUCCCUUCUCGGGUAUUCUCUAUGCUAUCUUGGGUAACGGCAUCAGCACGAACCAGCUGACCAAGAUGAUCGGCGGUAUCGUUUCCCCUGGUCGCCCACUGGCCAACCUCUACUUCUACGCGUGGUCCCACUCGACCAUUGCGCAAUGCAUUAACCUGUCGAACGACCUCAAGAUGGGACAGUAUCUCAAGAUCCCCCCUCGCUCCAUGUUUGUCUCGCAGAUCGUCGGCACCGUCUUUGGCGCGUUCCUUAACUACGCCAUCGCAUCCACCAUCAUCUCCUCGAAAUUCGCGCUGCUGCACACCAACAACGGCAGCUACGUCUGGUCGGGCGCAUACUACCAGUCGCUCAACGUCAGCGCCGUCACUUGGAGCAUGGCCAAGUACAUGUACGGCCCGGGCACGCCCUACUUUGUCAUCCCGAUGGCCGUUCUCCUCGGUAUCGCCGCCGUCUCCGUGCAUUACGUUUUUUCACUCUUCGUGCCCAAGAUCGGCAAGUUCUCGACGCGCAGCUUGGUUCUACCCACCGUCUUCCUCUACUCGGCUUGGAUGACGUCGGGCCAGAACUGUGGCAUAUUGUCCAUCGUCAUUGUUGGCAUCGUAAGUCAGGCCAUUAUCCGGCCGAGAUACCCGGCCUGGUUCAAAAAGUACAACUAUAUUGUCGGCGCUGGCUUUGACGGCGGCAGCCUGCUCAUCAUCUUUGUACUCAGCUUCGCCGUCUUUGGCGCAGCAGGGUCAGAGAAGCCAUUCCCGACUUGGGCGGGCAAUCCAGCUGGUUUCCCAGACUACUGCCCUGACACGUCGUCCUAA